CCAGUAUACGUUGUGACAACACUUGUGAACUAUUGCCAACCAGGGAAGCUUGUUAAGGACUUGGUGCAGGCUUGUAGGCAGGCUCUACCUGGUGUGGACCAAAAUUCCAGACUCCUAGAGGGAAAGCAGGUAUUCAGGGUAAAACAUCAUUUGUAUAAACGGUUAGGCAUAGUCAGCCACUCUUAUCAGAUAUGGUGGGACCCCUCCUGAAAUCCAAGUCCCCAUUUGGUGGCAAACCUAAGCAAGCUUUUCAAAGGAUAGCAAUCAGGCCUUUUCUGCACAUGGAGUUAUUAAAGCAGACAUGUGAGCACAGAACAGACUAUGGAAUAAGAACAAAGCCCGUGUCAAAGUUGAUCCAAUCUGAGCAGACCAGAGACGGUCUUUUCCUGGCCAGAAUUUCCCAAACUUGGAAACUUCUAACACUAGCACCAAAAAAUAUUCCAGGGAGUGAGGUACUGAUCGAAUAAGUUUGGGAAACACAGCACUCCUGCUGCAUCUCUAAGAAGAUCAAGGAUCUGCAUACCUGCAUAUUGACAGUUCUGGCAAGUCUGCCAUAUGAAACACUUCCAUUGUGUCUGCCUAGUGUUUCUCUUGUUUACUUUAAUGCAAGCCUCUCCGCCAUUUAACAUACUCAUCUGCGAAACACUCUCCUGUCAUUUCUCUGCGAAGAGGAACAGAGCUGGCUGCAUCCAGUCCCUUGGGUCGACGGAAGCAGAAGUGGGCUGUGGAUCCAAGAAACACGGCGUGGAGUAAUGAUGAUUCCAAGUUCGGCCAGAGGAUGCUCGAGAAGAUGGGGUGGUCUAAGGGAAAGGGUUUAGGGGCUCAGGAGCAAGGAGCCACGGAUCACAUUAAAGUGCAAGUUAAAAAUAACCACCUGGGACUUGGAGCUACAAUCAAUAAUGAAGACAACUGGAUUGCUCAUCAAGAUGACUUUAACAAGCUUCUGGCUGAACUGAAUACCUGUCAUGGACAGGAAACAGCAGACUCCUCAGACAACAAGGAAAAGAAGUCUUUCAGCCUAGAAGAAAAGUCCAAAGUCUCCAAAAACCGUGUUCAUUAUAUGAAAUUCACAAAAGGGAAGGAUCUGUCAUCUCGGAGCAAGACAGAUCUUGACUGCAUUUUUGGGAAAAGACAGAGUAAGAAGACUCCUGAGGAUGAUUCCGGCCCCGUUACUCCAGAUGGGAAUGAAACCUCCAGUACUACAACCAGUGCCUUCACCAUCCAAGAAUACUUUGCCAAGCGGAUGGCAGAACUAAAGAACAAGCCACAGGUCACAGCUGCAGGGCCUGACUUCUCAGAGACCCAAGUGGAAAGGAAACGGGGGAAAAAAGGAAAGAAAGAAGCAAAAGAUAAAAAUGUAGAGAAUUACAUCCAAACCAAGGCUAAGAAGAAGAGAGACCAGGUUGAGUGGCAGCUCAGAGACCAUUGCUGGGAUGAGAAUUUUGAUGCUUCUGCUGAGAACAGAAAGGAUUGUGUGUGGCCACCUGAGGACCAAGACUUCACUGCCAAGUCCAAAAAAAGAAGAGAAAAGAAAAAACUACAAAAACAACGUGAGGCAGCAGAGAAUGCUACACUAGAUGGAGUACCAAUAAAAAAGAAGAAAAAGAAGAAGGAUUCCAGAUAGAUUCCCUUGGACCAGGGCCUUCUGACCACUCCAGUGUCAGGACACUGCCAGAGCAAAUACCUUUGGCCUGAAGUCAGAGCAGAGCUCGCCCCAGAGACUUUGUGUACAUCCUCUGACAUGCCCGUGGAUUGCCAAGGCCUGCCAUCUCACCACAUUUGCUCCAAGUCAGAUUCCUAGAAGAAUUUUUUCAUGUUCCAAAUCAUGUUUCUCAUAAAGAAAUAAAUUUCUUUUUAGACUCGGA